UGCGACGUAACAAAUGCUCUUCCGGUGCACAUGUUAGUGCUACAAAUAUAACGUGAUUUGCAUGAAGAUACUUGAGCUUCGUGUGUUUAUUUGUAUUCUACUUCGAAACGUAGCGGCGUGUCGGGUUUUAACAUGAAGCUUCUAACGCACAACAUGUUGAUGUCUCACGUGAAGGGAGUCACUAAAGGAUACCCGCUGCUCAUCAAGGCAACUGAGGUGAAGGUGAAUGAGGUGGAGUUCAACCCCCAGUUUGUGAGUAGGAUGAUUCCCAAAGUGGAAUGGAGCGCUCUGGUCAAGGCUGCAGAGGAGCUUGGUCAUCGUCAAGACUUGCCUGCUGAGCUUCUGGCAGACUACGAGAAAAAUGAAGAGUUCCUGAAGAAAGUGCACAAAGUGCUGUUGGAGGUGGAGGUGAUCGAAGGCUGUCUGCAGUGUCCCGAGUCUGGACGAGAGUUCCCCAUCACCAAAGGAAUCCCCAACAUGCUGCUGAACGAGGACGAGGUGUAAACACAAGCACAACAAUUCUCAUUAUACAACCUCACCCCUAACUGUCAUUCCAAUGGGAUUGUGGGUGUUCAGAGAGAGAGGAGAGCGGUUGGACUCUGGUUUGAGUUGGAGCCAUGAAGAAAAAAAAAAAACUGUUUGGUUCAUUGUUAUGAUGACAUCUUAAGUGGGUGAUGCUGCCAAUAGAAGGGAAACCAUCUGAAGAGUAACAAAUGGAAAAGUUCCCUGAGAGUGUAACCCCCAGUGGUUUUAUCUGUAUUUAUUUUUGUAACUGUUCAGGCUCUUUCUUUUUUCAAUAAAACUGUCCUUAUUUGCACAGGCAAAAAAAA